AUGCCCGAGGAUGAUGCGCUCAUUAGAAACCGGACAGAAGCGGUGCAGGGUCGCGCGUGGGGCGCCGAGGUGGCAGCCGAAGGCACGCGACCGGGACCGACAUGGCAAGUCGCUGUGCUCGCGAGCGUGUUGAUUUUCACUAGCGUGGUGGACGUGUUGGGAAACGCGCUGGUCAUCGUGUCCGUGCUCAGGAACCGAAAACUGAGGAACGCAGGUAAUGCGUUCGUGGUGAGCCUGGCACUGGCAGAUCUUUUGGUGGUGUGUUACCCGUACCCGCUGGUCCUUCAUGCUCUGCUGCACUCUGGCUGGCUGCCUGGUGAGACAGAGUGUAAAAUUAGUGGCUUUAUUAUGGGUGCCAGCGUCAUCGGCUCUGUCUUCAACAUCACAGCUAUCGCCCUCAACCGCUACUGCUUUAUCUGCCAUGCCCGCACUUAUAUCAAAGUGUACAGCAGCCGUGGAACGCUAGCUCUAAUCACACUGGUGUGGGCUCUAACAGGCUUUGCAAUACUGCCCAAUCUCGCACUGGGGUCGCUGACCUACGAUCCUCGUGUGUAUUCUUGCACUUUUAGCCAAACUGCAAGCGCCGGUUACACGUUUGCUGUAGUUUCUGUUCACUUCCUGUUUCCCAUUGGUAUUGUAACAUUCUGCUAUGCACGAAUUUGGAUUCUUGUGCUGAACGUGAGGCGCCGAGUGGCUAGCGACACGAGGCCCCGGCUUCGGCCAAGUGAGGUCCGCCAUUUCCUUACCAUGUUCGUCGUUUUUGUGCUGUUCGCCAUCUGCUGGGCACCACUCAAUCUGAUUGGCCUAGCUGUCGCCGUGGACCCACCCAGAGUGGCACCGCUGGUUCCUGAUUGGCUCUUUGUCGUGAGUUAUUUUAUGGCAUAUUUCAACUCGUGCCUCAACGCCAUUGUAUACGGGCUGCUCAAUCAGAACUUUCGGCGCGAGUACCGCUGCAUCCUGAUGUCAAUCUGCAAGCCCCGCCUCUUUCUGCAGGAAACGUCAAGGGGUGGAACAGAACGAAGUAACAAGCAAUCGCAGGUUAACAACAACAACGAGCAAGCAAAAGGAGAGACUACUUAACGAUUCAGGAAUAUCAGUACAAAUCCAUACAAGUUCCAGU